AUGGAAAACAGAAUCAUAGACAAAGAUUUAGACGAUGAUGAUGAAACGGAUGAGGAUGAUAGGAAACCCGACGGUUUGACUUUGACGCACCAUCACAUUCACCACCAUCACAAUCACAUGCACCAUUCAAUCAUGGGGGGAAUGAAAGAAGAAAUGAAAAUACAAGAUUGUGGAAUACCCAUACCGGCGACGAAACCAAAAAUCUGGUCAUUGGCAGAUACGGCAGCGUGUAAAACGCCACCGCCGUCGCAACAGCAAUCCUGGUUAAUGCCAAAUAAUGGUUCGGGUUCGGGUCCGAUGAUGGGUUUAAAUAGUUUCGCGUUGCCCUCGGCCACGAGUUCGUCGGCGGCGGCGGCAGCGGCAUCAUAUUCACGAUAUAGUGGUUUUUUAGGACAUUACAACGGGAACAAUCAUUCGACGAUGGGAAACUACAAUACUCCGUCUGGAUUCCCGGAAGUUCAGACGGAUACACCACCUCAAACUCCUCCUAACAUGAAAUUACCCAGUGUCGCGAAUAACAUAAUAAAUUCGAACUCUUGUUUUGGAAGCAACAACAAUAACACGACGAAUCGACACAACGAUUAUCAGCAUCAGCAACAGCAGACGAUGAGGACGACGACGGGAAAUCCUCAACACCAACAUCCGUGUAAGAAAAUGUAUUCGGUUCAAGUCGAGUUGGUAGAUAUUGCUCGCAGGUAA